GGUAGAUUUCACCCAUGCAUGGGUAAGUGAUCCCGGGAUUCCAGAAUCAUUUCACCCAGCGAUGGGAGAUAUUACCCAUCGAUGGGUAAGCAGCCUUCAACCCAAUUGAUUUCCAGAACCAUGCCAAACAGCGAUGGGAAACUCUACCCAUCGCUGUUCAAGCCUUGGUCCAACAUUAUCACAAGGCAGAAUGCCCUUACCCAGCGAUGGGAAGCUUUACCCAUCGAUGGGAACACAGCGAUGGGAAGGCUUAACCAUCGAUGGGAAGGCAUGACCGUUGGAAGUCAUUUAAGGCUGAUUCUUUCCUUAUUUGAAAGUCAACCUCCCACCCAGCGAUGGGAAGCAUUUACCCAUCGAUGGGAGAGUCUUGUUCUUGAGUGUCUUAGUGUUGUAUACACAUUAAGGGAAGCUUGUUUCCCUUGGUUGUACGAAGGAAAGGUAUUUUCCUUCGGGUUGAAGUCUUGGAGUGCGGUAUCUCCGAGCAAGGUUGUUGAGGCUCGUGGGACUCGAGUUCUCAAGUUGUAAUGCAUAAAGAUUAUAGUAGACUCCGGAGAUUGUUCGUGUGUCAAAGUUGGAGGCCGGACGCUUGAACGGCUACGUUUGCUCCUUCAACACUUUUUGCUCGACUACACGUUCAUACCGCUUUACCGGAGAAGGUAUAACUUUCUAUCUCUAGCUAUAGUUUUAGUACGUGUUCUUGGGCUAGUAAUCACUAUUGGGAGAUUAAAUUUUUGUAUUUCCG